AUGGACAACAAUAUUCUCUCCUUGUUGGGCUUGAUAGCGUUCCUGUUAAGCCUGUCUACUCCUGAACAUGGGGUACUGGUUCUAUCUUGUCCAGAGUACCAAGAGGGCUUUGACGGAUCCUGCUAUGAAUUUGUGGUUAUACAGCGUACUUUCCUCAGUGCACAGAGUUGGUGUGAGCGGGGUGGUGGACACCUUGCCUUUAUCCUGAAUGAUGAAACCCAGCAGUUCCUUCAGAAGCACCUGCAGCCGGAGAAGGACUGGUGGCUGGGUUUGGCACCUGCCUCUGUGAGCCUAAAACUGGACUUUGCUGCUGAGGGUCCACUCUCCUGGCUUGAUGGCUCUGAUAUCAGCUAUUCUAACUGGUUGAAUGACCCUGUUCCAGGAGCUCGUUGUGCCCACAUCCUGAGGAACUCUGGGUUUCAGUGGGAGGCAACAGACAACUGUAGCCAGCAGCUGCAUUUCAUCUGCCAAUUUGGCAUUCUGUACAACACCAUGAUCAAGAUCCAGAUCAACAUCAUGCAACUGGCCAAAGGUCAGAAAACCAUCAUCAUUCAUGAGCCCAUUGGGGAGUUUGGUGUCCUCAAGUGCUACAGCAUGAAUCAGUCAACAGAUGCCAGGAACUGCAAGGCCCUGUAUGGCAGCCCCUUUCAAAUCCAAGUUGAAGUAGAAGCAGGUACAAAUGUGACCUAUGAAAUCCACAGUGGUAAGAUGUUGGUGGCCAGUUCAUCAGCAAACAGAGGAAACAUCUCCCACAACAUCACUGUGGGUCCAGAUGUAGAGCUACAGCUGGGCUCCGGCUGCCACCAGCUGACACUUCAUGCCUCUAAUGGGGUCUCAGUCUUGGGCAAGUCCAUUGAGCUACAGGUGUGUCUGCUGGAGCCUGUGGAGGGCCUGCUGGCUUCACUCAUGGCUGAAUGUUCAAAAGCAGACCUUUAUAUUAGUGUCUCUCUAGAACGGGGGGCACCAGUGCAGCUCCUCUUCCAGGUGUCUGGAACCAAUGACAGUCUGUCUGAGACCAGGGACAUGCAAACCACCAGCAUGCAGGUCCACCAUAUCUCAACCACUAUCCAAGGUGAUUUUCAAGUGAAAGUAAAAGCCUGGAAUUACUUCUCCCACAUGGAUUUUGAUGUGGGGAAUAAAACAGCUGCUUGCCACAAAACUUCUGACCUCAUGCAGCAUGAUCAUGGAAACAAAGACACAGUGCAAAACUGCUACAAAAACGCAGGGAGAAAGCCACUAAUGGAAAUAGAAGUUCUUGAUGGUCAAGAAAAAUACAUAGUCAAGCGGAAGUACCUGAAACAAGCUUCAGAUAGGUUUCAAACUGUCAAUGUGAUUGCUUAUAGUAAGAAGACUUUUGAAUAUGCCAAGUACACCAUUCAGAUACCAGGUGCUACAAAACCUCCACCAGCUAAUACCAAGCCAACUGUAACCACUGCUCCAGCUGUCACCUUAAGUCCCCCUUCUUGUAGUAUUCUCCCUCUGAAAGGCACAGUUUUGGAUCCUUUCAAUGUCACCUGCAGCACCCCUGCAUCCUGCCAAAAUGGCAUUGACUGCCAAUAUUGUUUUAAAACUGACCAUGGUGGAUAUCUGCGAUGCAGUUCUACAAAUGAAGUAACAUCAAUCUUUCUACCACUUGGGGAGAUGAGCAGCAACUACAGCCUUUUGAUAGUUGUGACUGUAACACAACUGAACACAAAAACCAUGGGAAGUACCACAAUCAGGACUGAGGUUUGGCCAGCCAGCUCCAGAACCCCAAUACAGGCUCUCCAGUCUACUGUGGAAGACACAGUAGCUAUUCUAGAGCAGCAAGUGACACUAUCUGGAGAGGCCCUUGGACAACUGUUCCAGUCUGUGUGUGACAUGCUAAAUGAAGGUUCCAGAGGGGAGAAAAAUGACAGGAUCAGGCUGCGAGGACUGAUGCUGACAAGUAUAAUGAAAGCAUUGGAGAACACCUCUAGCAGUUUAACUCCUCAGACAGUGCAGGUGACGGCCAGAGCUGUGGCAGGACUCACCAGCAAGGGGGAUGAGCUUAGUGCCAAUUCUCAGCUACAAGCAAGCGUCCUGGUGGUAAAUCUCAGUUCUUCCCUCCUGUCCAUGAAUGUCAGUGAGGAUGGUGGUGAGGUGAUGAUGGAUGCAGCUACGCAAAUUGUGGAGGCAGUCAGCAAUAUCCUGAAUGUCUGCUUAAACGUGAGUUCACAGAAAGAAGUCUCCCAGUUACUUUUCAUGAGCAUGGACAAUGUGCAGAGUGCACUUUUAAAAGGGAGGAAAGUUGAUGAAGCUCCUGUGAUUGUCAGCAGCGCUCAGAUCAGUGUGUUUGUGAAAAGAGUAUCACCCAAAAUGAUUCAGAUGCAAUCUAUAAACAUCCCAGACAGCUCCUCAGCCAGCUUUUCCUUCCCACCCCUGGAUGCUGAUGUCCUUCCUCCAGAUAAACCAGUGGAUGUGAGAAUGCAGAGUUUGAAGAAUAACCCAUUUUCAUGGAAUGAGGAGAAAGAUAUUAGUGGCACUGUUGGUUCUGUCUCACUGACAAGAGAAAAUGGUUCUAUCAUCCCCAUAGAGAACCUAUCUGAGGAGAUUGAGGUCCUCUUGCCAAGGCCUGAAGGAGAGCUGGCAAACAGCACAAUAAUGUACCUGGGAAACCACAGCACCCUGAAGGUUGACAUCCCUUCAUCGGAUGUAACAUUGGUGCUAAAGAUUGAACCAUCCAGGGACAUGCCCUUCCAACUGUUCCUGGGAUAUAAGUACUACCCAAAUAAUAAGCAAUAUAUUGCCAAGACCCAAAUGCCUCUGCAGAGCAACACGCAAGAGGAGAGAUACACCUGGGUCCUGGGUCCCAGUGAAUUGUCAGGAAAUGUUGGGGUCCAUUAUGUUGUGUUGAUUCCCAUUGUGAAUCCAGGGAUUCAAUCCGUCAAUGCCACUGUGACUGUUAUCUCCAUUGUUGCUCAGUGCAAGUAUUGGGAUGAAACCAAAUACACCUGGAAACAAGAUGGCUGUAAAGUUGGUCCUAUAACUUCAUCAUUGGUCACCCAGUGCUUAUGUAACCAUUUGACCUUCUUCGGGAGCUCCUUUUUCGUCAUGCCCAACCUUGUGGAUGUUUCACGCUCAGCUCAGCUCUUUUCCACCUUUGCCAAAAACCCUGUGGUGGUGUGCUUUGUUGGGGCCAUCUUCAUAGCUUAUCUCCUGGUGGUCAUGUGGGCACGCAGGAAGGACAUCCAUGACACAAUCAAAGUGAAGGUGACAGUGCUGGAAGACAAUGACCCAUUGGCUGAGUACCGUUACAUGCUGAAUGUCAGCACUGGGCAUCGGCGUGGUGCUUCCACCUCCUCUCAGGUUACCGUUAUAUUACUGGGCACAGAGGGAGAGAGUGAGCCACAUCACCUCACCGACCCUGACAAGCCUGUCUUUGAGAGAGGUACAGUGGAUACCUUCCUGUUGACCACACCCUUCUCCCUGGGGGAGCUGCUGAGCAUCAGGCUGUGGCACGACAACUCAGGGGGGCACCCUGCCUGGUACAUUAACAAAAUUUUGGUGCAAGAUGUAGAGACUGGAAAGAAGUGGCACUUCCUGUGUAACUCAUGGCUGGCCAUCAGUAUGAACGAGUGCACUCUGGAUAAAGUUUUCCAUGUAGCCACAGAGACAGAGUUGAGGACAUUCAGUAACCUGUUCUUCAUGAGGAUGGCAAGGGAUUUCUGUGAUGGCCACAUCUGGUUUUCUGUGAUCAGCCGCCCCCCAACGAGCACCUUCACAUGUGUCCAGCGAGUGUCCUGCUGUUUUUCUCUACUCCUUUGCACCAUGCUGACCAACAUCAUGUUCUGGGGCAUCCCUACCAACCCCUCUGAACAGACAAUGGAUCUGGGUCAUAUUGAGAUCACUUGGCAGCACGUGAUGAUUGGCAUUCAGAGUUCAAUCCUAACGUUUCCGAUUAAUCUCAUCAUUGUGAGUAUCUUCAGAAGCACCCGUCCCCAAAAGAAGCCUGAAAAGUCCACAAGGGUGUCCAAGCAAGGAAAGAAUGGCAAUAAGUCCUCCUCACAAGCCCCAUCACCAAAAUGGGACAGAGAACUCAUGGUAGACACAGUCGUCAAGGACCUAAAGAAGAUUGUGCAGUCACUCUCCAAGGCUAUGAAAAGACCUGUUCCAUGGCAGGAGUUAGAGUUCAGUCCUGGAAAACAAACUGAUAUCAACUCUCUGCUCUCUCUGGUGGAAGAAACAAUCUGGCAGCAGUAUCGAGAUGGUAGGCUGCCUCUAAGAAAGGAGCUCUCUCAUCUUCCCACUAGGGGCAAGAAUAGUGUUUCUGAGAGCCCAGAGAAGACUAUGGAUGGAAGCCGAAAACUGAGCCUCAACAGCCAGUUUCUAUACAAGCAGUUACGUCACCUAGAGAAGCAGCUGCAUCUACUGGGACCAUCCCACUUCCCCAACCAAGACUGUUACCACAGGGCAGUGGAGCAGCUGCAGGGCAUGAAUGGACUGCUAGAGCCUUUCAGCAUUGGAGGGGACCUGCUGGUACGAAGCAAUGGGGAUCCAGAGACCAGUAAUGGGGAUAGUGGCAGGAAGAAGUGCUGUCAGGGCGGCCUUCCCUGGUGGUUUGUGAUUAUCGGCUGGAUUCUGGUGUUGGCCACCAGUGGAGUAUCGGGGUACUUCACUAUGAUUUAUGGGCUGACCUACGGGAAGGACCGCUCUAUAAGCUGGUUGAUCUCCAUGGUUGUAUCGUUCUUUCAGAGCCUCUUCCUCACUCAGCCACUAAAGGUGUUAGGCUUUGCGGCCUUCUUUGCUCUUGUUCUGAAGAAAGUUGAUCAGGAGGAAUAUGGAGAUCCACAAAUCAAGGAGGCACUCAGAAACCCAGAUGACCCUGAUGCAGUGCAGGCUUCCAGGAGGGAUAGCACAUGUAGCUUCUAUCAGCCCCCUCCUCCCUCAGACAUUGAGAGGAUGAAAAACAACAUGAUUAAGGAGCAGAAAGUAUUUGACAUUAUCAAAGAGAUUAUAGCCUACAUGGGGUUCAUGUGGAUGUUACUCCUGGUGGCGUACAGUCAGCGCGACACAAAUGCUUUCUUCCUGAAUCAGCACAUUCGGCAGAGCUUCAGCCAAGGGAUCUCAGACAGCAUGACCCUCAGUGAUGUGUUCACCUGGGCAAAUACUUCUCUUCUCAGCAACCUCUUUGGAGUUUACCCAGGUUUCAUCACAGAUGGGAACUCCAAACUGGUUGGUAAUGCCCAUCUUCGCCAGGUGAGGGUGCAGAAGAACUCCUGUGGCGUUGCUCACUCCAUGCGCCAGGCUGUACCAGACUGCAAUGCUCCAUACUCAUGGGAGGUGGAGGACAUGGGCUCCUAUGGGCCUGGCUGGAACCGCUCUGUGAGUGUAAACACCUCAAAGACACUCCGUAGCCCCUGGCAGUACCAAACCCAGGCCAGCCUCAGAGCCCUGCCCAUCUGGGGCAGCGUGGUUCUUUACAGAGGAGGGGGUUUUGUGGUGGAAUUGGGCCCUGACUCACAGAACGCUAGCAGUACCCUUCAGUACCUGUUUGACAGCACCUGGCUUGACAUGUUCACCCGAGCAGUCUUUGUUGAGUUCACUGUGUACAAUGCCAAUGUCAACCUCUUCUGCAUUGUCACACUAAUGCUGGAGACCGCAGCUGUAGGAGCAUUCCAGUUUCGCAGUGAUUUGCAGAGUGUUCAAUUGUAUCAGUCUACUGGUGGCCUCUCCUUUUGUUUAAUGGCCUCUGGGGUCAUAUAUUUUCUCUACAUCCUUUACUACAUGUAUGUUCAGGGCAAGUUAAUGAAACGACAAAGGUGGGCUUACUUCAAGACCAAGCAGAACAUGCUCGAGUUGGCCAUCAUCCUCCUGAGCUGGAGCGCACUGUCUGUCUUCAUCAAGAGGGCCCUGUUAGGGAACCGGGAUAUGGAAUAUUAUCAGAACCAUAAAGACCAGUUUGCCAGUUUCCAAGACACAGCAAAUGCAGAUGCCACAUUGGGGUAUCUGAUUGCAUUCCUGGUGCUAUUGGCUACAAUCAAGCUGUGGAACCUGCUGAGACUCAACCCAAAGCUACAUAUGAUGACAGCUGUAAUACAACGGGCCUGGACAGACUUAUCUGGCCUCAUCUUGAUUAUGAUUAUUAUGCUCCUGGCCUAUUCUAUUGCUUGUAAUCUGAUGUAUGGCUGGAAGCUGUACUCAUAUAGGACACUCCUAGAUGCUACAAUGACCAUGGUCAGUUUGCAAGUGGGCAUCUUUAACUUUGAUGAGGUUCUUGAUUACAACCCGGUGCUUGCUGCCUUUCUCAUUGGCUCCUGCAUUAUAUUCAUGACCUUUGUGGUGCUGACCCUGUUCGUUGCUGUCGUCAUGGGGGCAUUUGGUGAGGAGCGAAAGCAUCACAAGCCCUCAGAUGAGGAGGAGAUAGUGGAUCUGAUGCUGAUGAAGCUCUACAGCCUGUUCGGGAUGAAAAUUAAGAAAGAGGAGAAAAUACAUUAA